CGGAUUUUCAUUGCAUUCUGUUCAUCCUGUUGACCGAGUUAGCUCGCGCCGUCACCGUUAUGCCUCGACUAGAGUACGUCCCUCAGCACUUUCAAAUUGCCCCCAACGACGAAACAGCGUUAAGCCCAGUCGUCAAUCUGCAAGCACGCGAGCAUGAAAACAUCUUCAAGUUUUCUUUCCAAUCCUUCGGCAAAGGCCUUUUCCGUACGACCUUCACUUCCCGAGAUCAUCCUCUUCCACCACAUCGAAGCGCAGUCAUCCCAGACGGGAAGUUUGAUCACGUGCAAUGGGCCAGCUCCUCCCCAACCCUAACAUCACGGCGGUUCAGUCUUGACGAAAUGGUUGUGACAUUGGAUUGGCGCGAUGGUCCUCCACAAAUCUCCCUCACACUCUCCGGGCAAAAAUCACCCAUUCAUUCUGAUUUGCCUUAUCGCUCUUACAUUGCGGAUGGACCAGGAAUCGCCCACUAUACGAGAUACAACAAUGGCACACUUCACGUAGGCCUAGGAGAAAAGCCAUCGCCAAUGGAUCUCUCAAACCGCCACUUUGUCCUCUCGGCGACUGACUGCUUUGGUUACGACGUAUAUCGCACUGAUCCAAUGUACAAGCAUAUCCCACUACUCAUCAAUGCUACUCCUGAUGGUUGUGUCGGGCUGUUCUCAACAUCCCACGCACGUGGGUUUUACUCUGUAGGCUCCGAGAUGGAUGGUAUGUGGGGCCGGUUUAAAGUCUACAGGCAAGAAUACGGCGGGCUGGAGGAAUACAUCAUUGUAGGACGCACGCUCGAAGAUGUCGUGCGGAGAUACGCAGACCUGACCGGAUACCCUAUGCUAGUGCCGCGGUGGGCAUUUGGGUACAUUGCUGGUGGGAUGAAGUAUUCGAUGCUUGAUGAGCCAAGGGCUUGCGAUGCGCUGAUGGAAUUUGCCAAGAAAUUAAAGCAACAUGAUAUUCCAUGCUCGGCUUUUCAGAUGUCAUCCGGGUAUACCGUUGCAGAAAGUGAGCCAAAAACCAGGAACGUUUUUACCUGGAAUAGACACCGAUUCCCUGAUCCAAAAGCGUUCAUAGACGCCUACCGCAAAGAAGGCAUACGUUUAAUUGCUAACGUCAAGCCUUAUGUCCUAGCUAGCCAUCCAGAAUAUGAGAAACUGAGAAAAGCUGGUGCUUUCUUCAUAGAUCCUGUCACCCAAGAGAGCGCUACUGCCCGUCUCUGGAGCGCCGGGGGUGGGGAAAGCGACAUUGGCGGCCACAUCGAUUUUACGUCUUCGACAGGAUAUCGAUGGUGGUAUGAAGGUAUCCGCGAGCUUAAACGAAUCGGCAUCGACAGCAUCUGGAAUGACAAUAACGAGUAUACGCUUCCAAACGAUAACUGGCUGUGCGCACUCGAUGAAUCCUCAGUGAGGAAGGGAGUAGGGAAAGUUUUGAGAAACGAUGUAGGCUUCUGGGGAAGGGCCUUGAACACCGAGCUCAUGGGAAAGUCAUCCCAUGAUGCAUUGCUAGAAGUCAAACCGAACGAACGUCCAUUUGUGCUGACGAGAAGCGCGACGGCUGGAACUCUUCAAUACUGUGCGAGCUCAUGGAGUGGCGAUAACGUUACCAGCUGGAAGGGAGUGAAAGGCGCUAAUGCACUCUCACUGACGGCUGGAAUAUGUUUGAUGCAGUGCUACGGUCACGACAUUGGGGGGUUCGAGGGUCCACAGCCCACACCCGAGCUCUUGGUUCGCUGGAUCCAGCUCGGGAUCUAUUCCUCUCGAUUCGCAAUCAACUGCUUCAAAACAUCCCCUAUAAACAAUAACGUUGGCGAUGUGAUAGAACCUUGGAUGUACGAGGAAACAACUUCGAUAAUUCGUAAAAUCAUCAGGCGACGAUAUGAACUGAUCCCUUACCUCUACUCCCUCGCACUCGAGAGUCACAUGACGGCUGUUCCUCCGCAAAGAUGGACUGGUUGGGGAUAUGAGGCUGACCCGGAAGUCUGGAAAAAUCGUGUGCUGACUGAUGGAGAAACGCAAUAUUGGCUUGGAGGUUCUCUUCUCAUCGGAGGUGUCUACGAGCCAGGAGUCUCCUCGUCAAAUGUGUAUCUUCCGAAGGACAUCGCUGAUCCAGGACUACAAUAUCUCAACCUGAACGCACCCCAGACGUACUAUUCCGCAGGUCAAUGGAUCGAAAUUGACUCUAAGUGGGACGAAAGCAUUCCCGUCCUAGCUAAAGUUGGCGGAGCGAUUCCCAUUGGUCGGCCUUGUCAGACUCUGUCCGUCGGUGAAACUCGUAACCCCGCAACCCUUCCUCUGGACGACUAUAGGGCAAUUGAGAUUUUCCCGUCGGCAGGCUCCUCCAAUGGCAAAGAGUAUACAAAUACUUGGUAUGAAGAUGAUGGAAUAUCCCCGCCACCUGCAUGUGUGUCUUCAUUUACCAUUAGAUAUACAUCUGAUGCACGGUAUGUUAAUGUAACAUUUGAAGAGAAACUACAGCCAGGCUUCAUGCCCACAUGGACCAAUCUCGUGGUUAUUCUGCCGUCGGGAGAUAAACGAGGGGUGACGUUUGAUGGGAACCAUGCCGUCUUGGUAGAAGUGGAUGAGAACCAGCGAGCUCACUUUAGAGGGCAUACAGAUCGAUCGCGUGAACGAAUCGAGGUUAACGCGCAAUCAAAAUUUUAAAGCCUUCAUAUUGAUGAUAACGAGGGACAACACGAGCUUUUACAUAGCAAAGAGUAAGAACGGCUUUUUCCUGUGAAACCCAUCACUCGCUUUAAAUU